GAGCCGGGCCCAGCUGGCCGAACCCGGGGAAUGCGAGCGCCAGCCCCCGCCCCAGGCCAGUCCCAGCUGGAUCUCCGGCCAGAGCCCGAGGCUGCUGCGCGGGGCGGCUGCAGCCUCCGCUCCAGCGCCCGCGCCGUGCCCUGCAUCCCGGGAGCCCGGCUGGACCCGCGGCGGCUCGGCCGGUGUUCCCCCUCCCCUCCCUGGGGCAGCAGCCACCAUGUUCUCGUGUGUGAAGCCCUAUGAGGACCAGAACUACUCGGCCCUGAGGCGGGACUGCCGGCGCAGGAAGGUGCUCUUCGAGGACCCCCUCUUCCCCGCCACUGACGACUCUCUCUACUAUAAGGGCACGCCGGGGCCCGCCGUCAGGUGGAAGCGACCCAAGGACAUCUGCGAGGACCCCCGCCUCUUUGUGGAUGGCAUCAGCUCCCACGACCUGCACCAGGGCCAGGUGGGCAACUGCUGGUUUGUGGCAGCCUGCUCGUCACUUGCCUCCCGGGAGUCGCUGUGGCAAAAGGUCAUCCCAGACUGGAAGGAGCAGGAAUGGGACCCCGAAAAGCCCAACGCCUACGCGGGCAUCUUCCACUUCCACUUCUGGCGCUUCGGGGAAUGGGUGGACGUGGUCAUCGAUGACCGGCUGCCCACAGUCAACAACCAGCUCAUCUACUGCCACUCCAACUCCCGCAAUGAGUUUUGGUGCGCCCUAGUGGAGAAGGCCUAUGCCAAACUGGCAGGCUGUUACCAGGCCCUGGAUGGAGGCAACACAGCAGACGCACUGGUGGACUUCACGGGUGGUGUUUCUGAGCCCAUCGACCUGACCGAGGGUGACUUUGCCAACGAUGAGACUAAGAGGAACCAGCUCUUUGAGCGCAUGUUAAAGGUGCACAGCCGGGGCGGCCUCAUCAGUGCCUCCAUCAAGGCAGUGACAGCGGCUGACAUGGAGGCCCGCCUGGCGUGCGGCCUGGUAAAGGGCCACGCAUACGCCGUCACUGAUGUGCGCAAGGUGCGCCUGGGCCACGGCCUACUGGCCUUCUUCAAGUCAGAGAAGUUGGACAUGAUCCGCCUGCGCAACCCCUGGGGCGAGCGGGAGUGGAACGGGCCCUGGAGUGACACCUCGGAGGAGUGGCAGAAAGUGAGCAAGAGUGAGCGGGAGAAGAUGGGUGUGACCGUGCAGGACGACGGUGAGUUCUGGAUGACCUUCGAGGACCUGUGCCGGUACUUCACGGACAUCAUCAAGUGCCGCGUGAUCAACACAUCCCACCUGAGCAUCCACAAGACGUGGGAGGAGGCCCGGCUGCAUGGCGCCUGGACGCUGCAUGAGGACCCGCGACAGAACCGCGGUGGCGGCUGCAUCAACCACAAGGACACCUUCUUCCAGAACCCACAGUACAUCUUCGAAGUCAAGAAGCCAGAAGAUGAAGUCCUGAUCUGCAUCCAGCAGCGGCCAAAGCGGUCUACGCGCCGGGAGGGCAAGGGUGAGAACCUGGCCAUUGGCUUUGACAUCUACAAGGUGGAGGAGAACCGCCAGUACCGCAUGCACAGCCUGCAGCACAAGGCCGCCAGCUCCAUCUACAUCAACUCACGCAGCGUCUUCCUGCGCACCGACCAGCCCGAGGGCCGCUAUGUCAUCAUCCCCACAACCUUCGAGCCAGGCCACACUGGCGAGUUCCUGCUCCGAGUCUUCACUGAUGUGCCCUCCAACUGCCGGGAGCUGCGCCUGGAUGAGCCCCCACACACCUGCUGGAGCUCCCUCUGUGGCUACCCCCAGCUGGUGACCCAGGUACAUGUCCUGGGAGCUGCUGGCCUCAAGGACUCCCCAACAGGGGCUAACUCUUAUGUGAUCAUCAAGUGUGAGGGAGACAAAGUCCGCUCGGCUGUGCAGAAGGGCACCUCCACACCAGAGUACAAUGUGAAAGGCAUCUUCUACCGCAAGAAGCUGAGCCAGCCCAUCACUGUACAGGUCUGGAACCACCGAGUGCUGAAGGAUGAAUUUCUGGGCCAGGUGCACCUAAAGGCUGACCCGGACAACCUCCAGGCCCUGCAUACCCUCCACCUCCGGGACCGAAAUAGCCGGCAGCCCAGCAACCUGCCAGGCACUGUGGCCGUGCACAUUCUCAGCAGCACCUCCCUCAUGGCUGUCUGACACCUGCCCACCUACCUGGCUCCGACCGUUCCCACCACCAUCUGCAUGUCCCCACUGGGCCUGAGUCUAGCCUGGGAGCCAGGAUACUGGGGUCCUUUUCCCACUCUUCCACUGACUUGCUGUGUGACCUUAGGAAGUCUCUGCCCCUGUCUCAGCCUCAGUGUCCCGAGGGCCCCGAAGCAUUCCCUUCUCGUGGAGGAGUUUCCUUGCUGAGAUUUCAAAUAGUCCUCCCCAUCUCAACUGUCACCACUGCUAAGGGACUCUAUCCAUUGAGCACAUUUUCCUAAGGCCCUGCUGUCUGCCGAGGAGUGCCAAGAAGAUGUCACUUGUUUACACACAAACUGCCACAUCCCCAAGCUCCGUUCUUGCCCCUCGUGUCCUAGGCCCAACCCAGCCUCCCAGACCUCACUUUCCCCAUCAGCAAUACCUGGUGUUCUCCCACCUUGAAAGGACUCUUGGCUCCUGCCGGGUUCCUGCUCAGGCUGGAAUUGGGAAAAUAUGCAGGUGACAUUUGUUCAUUCUCUAAUCCCAUCCUCUCACCCAUCCAUUUCCUCACUCAGUGGAGAUUUGCCAAAUGAAUAAACGACACCUUUGAGGCCCCAGGUGAAGCGGGGCCCUACUCCGGCCUCUGCCUUGGGCCUCGCCUCUGUCCUCAGGUCCUCUCAGAGGCAGAUACCUAGGGGAGCUGCUGCUGCCUGCUCAUUCUAGCUUCCGAUUCCAUUCCCAGCCCCUGCGUUAAGGUCCCUGGAGAGGUGGUGUCAGUGGGGGGUGAGGAAGGGCGUCUUCCUGACUCCUCUGCCCAGUGCUGGAAGGAGCAUGCCUGGGUUAGUGGGCCAGGGGCCAGGCAGCUGGGGGCCUUUGGGGACCAGAAGGGGAGAUGUGCUCCCAGAGCCUCUCUGCUGUAAGACCCCAGCUUUUCCUGGAAGUUGGGACUCUGGGGUGUGUGGUGCCCACCAGAGUCAGGCCACCCACUGGGCUCAGCAGGAGAUAGGGAGCCCCAUCACCUGACCACAGCCCCCCACCACCAUUCCCCCAAAAUGCAGCCUAGGAGGCCGCAGUGCUCUUCUUCCUGCCCAGACCAAAAUGUUCCUUUUAGUCCUCAAUGUUUUAUAUUCUUUUUGUUUUGAAAAUCUCAAUUUUAAUCAGGGGUUUUAAAAGAAAAUUGAAAGCCUGAA